AUGUUUCGUGUUCGAAAGGCGCCGUCCGAGGAGCACACAUUGGCAAAUUACGCAUACGUGAAUCGAUCGGAUUUCGAUGCAACACAUAUAAAACAUGUUUGCGUCAACACAGGCCCCGCACGUCACUACAUUUUCUCUAUCAAAAAUGAUCCGACAAUCAAGCCUGGAGAAAUCGCAUUCGGUGUACCGCACAGAAGAUGGGCGGUUCUAUCGUUGGACCAAGAGAUUCGUGUCACCCCGUUCAGUUUUCCAACAUCCGACUACAUUGGAUCGAUUGUUCUCUCUGCUGAUUUCAACAAUAAGAAAAACGUCACAUCCGAGCCACUGAAUGCUGAUUUGAUGGCCAGAGAGUUCUCGAUGCAAUUCAGUGGACAAGCAUUCACGAAAGAUAUGCAGAUGGCGUUCCGUUUCGAGGACAAAGAGAAGAAUAAGACUCACACGUUGUCGUUAGUUGUGAAAACAAUCGAACAACUCGAUUUGAUGAAAGCAGCGGCGGCAUCAAACGGAGAAGGAGCGCCAGCUGAUAGUUCGGCGAAACCGAAGCAUAUUGAUGCUGGACAACUUAUGGCGAAUUCGGUGAUUGUGUUUGAUAAGGAGGAGGGAUCGAUGCUCAGUUUGAUUGGAAAGAGCAAAGGAAAGUCCGCCUACCGAUCGAUUAUCAAUCCGAACUGGAACUUCGCUGAAAUGGGUAUCGGAGGUCUCGACAAAGAGUUCUCCAACAUCUUCCGUCGUGCGUUCGCUUCUCGUGUCUUCCCACCAGAAUUCAUCGAACAAUUGGGAAUGAAACACGUUCGUGGUAUCCUUCUCUACGGACCACCGGGUACCGGAAAGACUCUAAUGGCGAGACAAAUCGGAAAGAUGCUGAAUGCUCGUGAACCGAAAAUUGUGAAUGGACCGCAGAUUUUGGAUAAAUAUGUCGGAGAGUCCGAGUCAAACGUCCGCAAACUGUUCGCAGACGCUGAAGAGGAGUGGAGACGGUGUGGUGCGAAUUCUGGACUUCAUAUUAUCAUUUUCGAUGAGAUUGAUGCGAUUUGCAAGCAGAGAGGAUCUAUGGCGGGAAGUUCAUCAGUCCAUGACACCGUCGUCAACCAACUUCUUUCCAAGAUGGAUGGUGUUGAACAACUCAACAACAUUCUUGUAAUCGGAAUGACCAAUCGUCGUGACAUGAUCGACGAGGCUCUCCUUCGACCAGGUCGUCUUGAAGUGCAGAUGGAAGUCUCACUCCCUGAUGAGUUUGGACGUCUUCAAAUCCUUCGAAUCCACACCGCCCGUAUGCGUGAAUACAACAAAAUGGACCCGAAAGUCGACUUGGAGGAUUUGUCGAAGCGAACGAAGAACUUCUCGGGAGCUGAGUUGGAAGGAUUGGUUCGUGCCGCCCAAUCGAGUGCAAUGAAUCGAUUGGUGAAGGCUGGUGGGAAAGCUCAAGCCGAUCCAGACGCAAUCGAGAAGCUCGUCAUUAAUGGCGGAGAUUUUGAUUAUGCACUCGAGAACGACGUUAAACCGGCAUUCGGACGCUCUGAUGAAUCCCUUAACCGUUUCCUGACUCGUGGAAUGAUUGUGUGGGGACCAGAAGUCACUCGAAUCAUCGACGAGGGAAGUCUUCUCGCCGAUACCGUCAAAAAUCCAGAGAACAGUGGAUUCCGAUCGGCCGUCCUCGCUGGAGCCCCAAAAACAGGAAAAACGUCGCUUGCUGCUCAAAUUGCAAAGAGCUCUGAUUUCCCGUUCGUCAAAGUGAUAUCUCCGGAGGACACUGUCGGAUUCUCGGAGUCUGCUAAAUGUAUGUCGUUGAAGAAGGCGUUCGAGGAUGCGAAGAGAUCGAAACUCAGUGUUUUAUUGAUUGAUAACUUGGAGAGAUUGAUUGAUUACCACCCGGUCGGUCCAAGAUACUCGAAUCUGGUUAUCCAGGCUCUUCUCGUUCUUCUCAAUGCUCACCCCCCGCCGGGUCACCGCCUGCUUGUUAUCGCCACCUCAUCGGAUCGCUCCUUCCUUCGUGAUAUGGGACUGAUGGAUGUGUUCGGCGCAGUCAUCGACAUUCCAAAACUCUCAACAGCGGACCAAAUGAUGAAUGUGAUUCAAGAAAGCAAUAUUUAUACGGACGAUCAACUUCCUCAAAUUGAGCACAAGUUGCGACAAUUGGUGGAGGGAAGAAAAUUCGGUGUCGGUAUCAAGCAUCUACUGGAACUAAUCGAAUCGGCUCGUCAAUGUGAAGCCGAUUAUCGUGUGUCGACACUUCUCUCAAUGAUUGAGAACAUUGCUCUAAAUCUUUUCUAA